CAACAUAAGAAAGGCGCUCCUGGAACGGGAAGGUUUCUUACACCCCAAAGAAGAGGUCAAGAAAGAACACCCAGCCUCAGCCUGCUGAAAGGCAUUCAGGAUGGAACUGUGGGCCUGUGUUUUCCUGGCAUUUGCUGCUGCUGCUGCUGCUUCGUCUGCAUACUGGGAGAAGGACCCCACACUCAACAGGCACUGGGAGCUUUGGAAGAAAAAGUAUGGCAAAACAUACAAAAAUGAGAAAGAGGAAGAUGGUCGACGUAUGACUUGGGAAAGGAAUCUGCAGUUUAUCAUGUUGCAUAACCUCGAACAUUCACUGGGGUUACAUUCCUAUGAACUUGGCAUGAAUCAUCUGGGGGAUAUGACCAGCGAGGAGGUGACUGCUAUGUUGACUGGGUUGAAAGUUCCUGACUCGCGCAUGCACAAUUCAACAUAUUAUGUGUCAAGUCUGGGAGUCCUCCCCGACACUGUAGACUGGAGGGAGAAAGGGUGUGUCACAGAUGUUAAGAACCAGGGUUCAUGUGGUUCAUGUUGGGCCUUUAGUGCUGUUGGGGCCCUGGAAGGCCAGCUAAAACUCAAAACAGGCAAACUGGUGUCUCUCAGUGCACAAAACCUUGUUGACUGCUCCAGUAAGUAUGGAAACCAUGGGUGCAAUGGAGGCUACAUGGAGGUUGCCUUCCAGUAUAUCAUAGGGAACAAAGGCAUUGAUUCGGAAGCUUCCUACCCAUAUGAAGCCAAGGUUGGAACGUGUCACUACGACCCCUCUGCACGAGCUGCUACCUGCUCUAAAUAUGUUCCUCUCCCAUUUGGGGAUGAAGCUGCCCUGAAGGAUGCUGUAGCCAAUAUUGGCCCUGUAUCAGUUGGUAUAAAUGCAAGUCUAAAGUCAUUCUUCCUGUAUAAGCGAGGUGUAUAUGACGAUCCACAGUGUUCUCAGUAUAUAAAUCAUGGAGUCGUCGUAAUUGGAUAUGGAACAGAAGAAGGCAAAGAAUAUUGGCUUGUGAAGAAUAGCUGGGGUACAAGUUUUGGCGAUGAAGGAUUCAUUAAAAUUGCAAGGAAUCAUGGGAAUCGCUGUGGCAUUGCCAGCCAGUGCUCCUAUCCACUAAUCUAGAGAGGAUUUCCAGAUCACAAUGGAUUGUUCGUCACUGAAAGAACAGCCCAUUAGGCAACUAAUCUUAAAAAAUCAAACUGCUGUUUUAAGAAGAGUGAUUGGUCUCCAAAGGCGAGGUUUUCCUGUCAGCUCCACCUGGUAGAUCUGAGACAAACAGCCAAAAUGAUGAUUUAUCCUGGUUUAUCUUGGUAUUUGCUAAGCAUCCCCUGGGCACUGUGGGGCUUAAUCAGUUAAUAAUGUAAUGUCUGUAGUCCUGCUCUGAACAACCCAAGCUUUAUGUAAUUGCUGGAUAGUAUCACUGUUACAACCUCAAGGUAUGUUGGAAUAAAGGCUGUGUCAGGUAAACACAGAAACAAACAAAAA